GAGCAGAAUCUCAGAGGCAGUCAGACUGAAGGGAACAGGUUGAAGGGAGCAGGAGAGGCUCGUUUAUUCAAAUACUGUUGGUUGCAGAUUGUAACCGGAUCUAACACGCAAACUGGAAGGGCUCAGCGCAGCGUGGGUGCCCAGGGAUCCACUGCCUGAGUGCGGGGAGAGCAGCGGCCGAGACCCCAGAGACAUGAACCACACCAAGGGAGGCCUGGUCAUCUUCACCGCCAACUCACACCCCGCCAGCCGCGAGCUGGGCAAGAGGAUUUCAGAGCGGUUAGGGGUGGAGCUUGGCAAGGUGCAGGUGUACCAGGAAGCUAACAGAGAAACACGGGUACAGAUCCAGGAGUCGGUGCGAGGCAAAGAUGUAUUUGUGAUCCAGACAGUGUCCAAGGAUGUGAACACCACCAUAAUGGAGAUGCUGAUCCUGGUGUACGCGUGCAGGACGUCCUGUGCCAGAAGCAUCACGGGUGUCCUCCCUUACUUCCCCUACAGCAAGCAGUGUAAGAUGAGGAAGAGAGGCUCCAUCGUCUCCAAGCUGAUCGCCUCCAUGAUGUGUAAAGCUGGUCUCACCCACCUGAUCACCAUGGACCUCCAUCAGAAAGAGAUUCAAGGCUUCUUCAACAUCCCAGUGGACAAUCUGAGAGCCUCGCCAUUCCUGCUGCAGUACAUACAGGAAGAGAUCCCCGACUAUAGAAAUGCUGUGAUUGUGGCCAAAUCUCCAGCCUCUGCCAAAAGGGCUCAGUCGUUUGCCGAGCGGCUGCGUCUGGGUAUCGCAGUGAUCCACGGUGAAGCUCAGGACGCAGAGUCAGACCAGGUCGACGGGCGACACUCCCCACCCACCGUCAAGACCACCGGAGCCAUCCACCCCAGCAUGGAGAUACCAUGUAAGACACACAGCAACGAUAAAUCCUGUGAACACAAUCUAACAGAAUACAGUAAUUAUGACUGUUUCCUGUGUGUCCUUUUGUUUCCAGUGUUGAUCCCUAAAGAGAAGCCUCCCAUCACUGUGGUUGGAGAUGUAGGAGGACGCAUCGCCAUCAUAGUGGAUGACAUCAUCGAUGACGUCGACAGUUUUGUGGCAGCAGCGGAGACGCUAAAGGAAAGAGGGGCCUACAAGAUCUAUGUCAUGGCAACGCAUGGCAUCCUCUCCUCGGACGCCCCCAGGUUCAUCGAAGAGUCGGCCAUUGAUGAGGUGGUGGUGACCAACACGAUUCCCCACGAGCUCCAGAAGCUCCAGUGUCCAAAGAUCAAGACGGUGGACAUCAGCAUGAUCCUGUCAGAGGCCAUCCGCCGCAUCCACAACGGAGAGUCCAUGUCCUACCUGUUCCGCAACAUCGGAGUGGACGAUUGAACGACCUGACUGACACACACACACACACAGACACACACACACACACACACACACACACACAGAAACAAUCAUACCAUUUGCCUUUUCAGAUCGCUCCAGAAACAUAGAGGUGAAUGUCAGACACUGCGCACACAGAUAUAUCCAUUUCCUGCGUGUAUCAUAACAUAAAAUAUAACAGCUAACUCUUUCCUUUGCUUAAAGGGACAGUUCGGACUUUUUGAAGUGGCGUUGUAUGAAGCUCUUAUCUAUAGUCAGUGUAUUACCUACAGUAGAUGUCAGUCAUCACGCCUCCAGUUUGGAGAAGCAGGCAGGAGCACUGACAUGGAAGCUUCGAAAUGCGCUGCUGUGGACGGGGCAGCAGCAAAACGUAUUUCAGCCACCUAAAAACAAUCAUUAUCAGUUUAAGCGUUUGCUGUAUUUAGGACAUUUUCACUGCUUUAUCUUGCUGUCAGACAGCAAUUUCCAACAGGGAAGCCUUUAAGCUCUCGUCAAAGCAACCAGACUCUAGAGAAAAAUAGUAAUGUUACCUCACAGAUCACAGGAGCUGCUGGUCUACCACUGCCUCCAUCAGUUCGUUAGUGUUUUAGGUCUGCAACUAAAAAACAUUAUCAGUUAAUCUACAGAUUAUUUAGUCUAUUGAAAAAACAUAUGAAAUCUGGUCCGUACAAUUUCUAAAAGCCCAAACUGACGCCUUCAGUUUGCUUCCUUUGUUCAACCUGCAGUCCAAAACCUAAACACUCUUCAUUAACUUUUAAAUUCAGUAGAACUUAAUUGACCUUGAACGAACGUGAGCUAUCAUUAACGUCUAAGAAAAGCAGCAAACUCACAUCUGAGAAGCUGGAACCAGCAAGUUUUGCUUGAAAAAUUACCGAAACGAUUAUUCAGUUGCCAAAAUAGUUCGCAAUUAAUUUUCUUUCAAUGUGGAUUCAGUGUUUUAAGUGUGACUUCGGUGAAUCCAAACAAGCUAACUGAUCGAGGCAGUGGUAGACCAGCAGCUCCUGUGUUCUGGGAGGUAAAAUCACUGUUUUUGUCAAUGGAGUCUGGCUUUGAAGAGAAUAAGGAUAACGGCCUUAGUUCCCUGUCAAUAAUUGCUGUGUGAUGGGAAGAUAAAGCGGUGGAAAUAUUCUAAACAUAGCGUACACUUAAACUGAGGUGAGGUGGCUGAAACACAUUUUGUGGCUGUCACUCAAUAACACAUGCUAACUGAUUGAGGCAGCGUUAGACCAACAGCUCCUGUGUUCAACAUGCUUAAAUGAGUGUUUUUCUAAAUGGAGUCUGGUGGCUUUGACGAGAGCAUCGAUGGGAAACUGCAGCUGUUAACUGCUUUAGUGUUGGAAAGGGCUGUUUGAGGCCAAGUUAAGCAGUGAAAAUAUCCUCAAUAGAUAUUUUUAGGUGGCUAAAGUAACAUUUUUCUGCUGCAAUUUGCUUCUCCAAACUGUGGGCGCGCUGACUGACAUCUACUGUAGGUAACACACUGACUAUGACCUCACACAGCCCCACUUCCAAGAUCCAAACUAUCCCUUUACCAUAGAAGACGACUGAAUACACACACACACACACACACACACACACACACACAUAUACGACUGAACACACUGAUCUGUGUCCUUCACGGACAUGAAUAGACUACUGCCUGUUUCUCUGAAAGCUGCCCUCUCAUCAGACACCUCAGUUUUUCUACUCCUCUCUUUCUGAGUACCUUCGUUAGUCACCUCUCCAUCUUGUCACAUUUCUUUCCACAGAAACCAUCGAUGUUGCGUCUGCGAUCGUUAGAACAUACGGUAGCAUCGAAUGUCUCUCGCGGUACGUUUAGUUUCAGAAAGAGUGCCAGUGCCUUCUGCAGGACACAACACACAGGCCUUCACCGCUCCGAUACACGACUGUGUCUCAGCUAACACGACUAACUCAUAACGGCCCCUGUAAUUAACCCAGGAUGAUGCAGGUUCCCGACUAAUUAACUUAGAAUCAGAGCGCAUGUUUAACCCUCUGUCUGAGUUUUGUUAUUUUACGUGUUGGCUGAAUGUGUUACUAACAUAGUUUAGAGUCCCACCAGCUCGCUCUGUGUGUGUGUGUGUGUGUGUGUGUGUGUGUGUGUGUGUGUGUGUGUGUGUGUGUGNGUGUGUGUGUGUGUGUGUGUGUGUGUGUGUGUAUGUGUGUGGUCGCUGUAGCGCUUAGAUGCUGAUCUGGUGUCAAAUCUACUCAUUGCUAAACACAACUGGAAUUAACAGAAAACAUUUCUCAGUCUGGUUAAUUGGACGUAACAAACAUUUUGUUAAGUUUGCAUUCAUGACUCAUCCAUGUUACAUAGCGUGCCAUCAUUUCAGUGCUCAUAUAUUUUUAUGUUUGUUCAUGCCACAGACGAUCCAGAUUUUUGUUUUGAUACAAGUUCUGCAGUUUGACUCUCUGGUUAGAGGUGGGAGGUUAUUGAUAAUCACAUGUACAAAAGGAUAAAUGAUCGUUAUGACGAGACUGAUGAGGUUUGAUUAAAACACACACGUUACCUGAGUUUCACAGAUUGAGGUUUCAAACUGCAGCUAAAGAUGAAAAAGUAAAAUCGAAACUUUUUCUGACGAGCAAAACUUGACUGAAGCAGGUCUUUGUCACUUUACCAGAUGUGUUCCAAAAAUGUUUUGUAUUUAUUUUCAGCACUUAAUAUGAAUAAAUAUGACCUAUGAAAGUAAA